AUGACCCUCAUAAUUAACCACCAGGCUACGCAGUCAGCAACUAUAAGGCAUGAUGCUCGGCCCAGGUCCUACUUGUUACGUACUACAUCUCCAUUAUAUAUCUCGAUAUUGGCGCUAAUUCCGCUGCCUACCCCACAGGCAGAAGUAUACCCCGGUUACUCGAGACGCAAAGAAUCUCAGACUCACAGAGCACCGCAGUAG